AUGUCCUUAAACCUUCUGCAAGGAGAAAAACUCAUACUAUAUAACCAUAUCACUCAUCCAUAUACGUAUACUUUUUGCAGUCCCAUCAUCGCCAUAUCCAGCUAUAGUGUGGAGCCUUAUGGCGACGGCACAGACGCCCCCGUUUGCACAACAGCUGCUGAUGGGUUUUGGCCAAUCUUUUACUUUGUGGGCAGCAUCACGGUCUUCUUUUUUCUGCCCUUCGGCAUAUUGGUGCUACUGUAUGCGGCCAUUGCCUACAAGUUGCUGCGACCCAAUAAUGCCUUCCAUAGGCCCACCUCACCGCAGACUCAAACAUCGGCAGCCAAUCAGACGACAAGCAAUGCAACCACAACGCCCAGUGUCAAGGGUAACAGCCAUCAGCAGAGCAAUGGCAUGAGGAAACAUCGCAAACAGGUGAUCUUUAUGCUGGUGGCAGUCGUAUCCAGUUUCUUUCUGUGUCUGCUGCCCUUUCGUGCCUUCACGUUGUGGGUGAUUAUGGCAAAUGCCGAGGAUGUGGAAAGCCUGGGCAUUGCGGGCUACUACAAUCUAUUGUAUUUCUCGCGCUUCAUGCUGUACCUAAACUCGGCAAUGAAUCCCAUUCUCUACAAUCUAAUGUCGUCAAAGUUUCGCAGUGGAUUUUGGCGUCUACUGUUGACAUGUCUGGGCCAGGGGCCACGUCAUCAUCACCACCAUCAUCAUCAUUAUCGCUCGCAUCACCAGCGACAACCCUUCGCCACGGACGGCAGUAGACGGCGCACAUCGUCACAAAGGCAGAACCAAGAUGGAGACGAAGGCACAACCAUUCCUGGCUCAAGUUCUGGUAAAGCUCAACAGGCUCGUCGCAUGCUACGUCGAGAGGCCACAUUUCUGAUCAACUCUAUGUCCACCUCAUCGGGCACUGAGCGCACAACAUCAUCCACUUGGAGGAGCAAUAGCCUCUCCGUUUCCGGCCUAAGCGAACGAGAGCGAGGCAUUCUGGGUGCUGCCAUUAUAGGGACAACGGCGGCAACCAUAACCACAGCUUGUUUGCAGGAGCGACGAGCCAGUAAGAGCUGAGAAACAUCAAACCUUCUCCUUCGCCCAUCCCCAUUACCAUGGUAUUUAGUUCAAUUCCAACAAUAGUCAUAGUUAAUAGAAGAAAUCUUGUUGUCAAGACUGAAGUACCUCAGAAGAAGUCAA